UUUUAUUUUUAUAUAUAUAUAGAAAAAUUCAUAGCGCAGGAACAAGUUUUCAUGGCGACAAAUAACGUAACGUUCUUGAUUGUGAAACCGGAAAAUGGAGGAAUAUGGGACCUCGUAUGCCUCCUCCUUGGAGGCGUACGAGGAGAGAUGAAUGCUAAGUUUCUCGAAUAUUCUUAUGCUGACGGAGAUGGUGGUGGUGGUGGUGGCGGUGGAGAAGAAGUGGAUGAUCAUAUAUGGGUGAUAUUUGUGUCCAUUGUAGUGAGGAAAAUACUGAAGGUGUUUAAGAAACCAAUGGAAUGGAGUGGCAACUUCUUUGAGUUUUUCAUCAACCUCUUCUCUCUUAAUGACAACUUUUUUGGCUUACUCCACAAUAUCUUGCAUGGAAAGCUGGUGAUACCACAGAGAGGCACUGAAACUUUCAUAAGUAUUAUUGGCCAUAUAGAUGGGAGAAUUAACUUAUUAUACGACACUGAAAUAUUAACCAAGGAAAUCUCUGGACUUGAUAAAAAUGUACAACUGGGAAUGGGACAUAUAGCUCUUAUGGACUUAUGUAUCAUGUCUUCAAAGUUGGCCUAUGAGAACGAAAACGUCAUUAAGGACGUUGUUAAUCAUCACUGGAAGAUGCAUUUUGUGGAUUUUUACAACUGCUGGAAUGAUUACCAGAAAGAGAGUUCGACUCAAGUUUUCAUACUAAGCGAUAAACCAAAAGAUGCAAACUUGAUUUUGAUCAGCUUCAGGGGUACAGAGCCAUUUGAUGCUGAUGAUUGGAUAACUGAUUUCGACUACUCUUGGUAUGAGAUUCCUAAAUUAGGAAAAGUACAUAUGGGAUUUCUAGAGGCGUUAGGAUUAGGAAACAGAGAAAACGUUUCCACGUUUCAUGAACAACUCUUCGUUGUUGAUGUAACUAUUGCUCAUCCACAGAGGAGGACAGCUUACUACACUGUUAGAAGCAAACUCAAAAGUAUGCUAAAGGAGCACGAGAAUGCAAGGUUUGUCGUUACAGGACAUAGCUUAGGAGGAGCGUUGGCUAUACUAUUUCCAACGAUGCUAGUUAUACAUGAGGAAACAGAUGUCAUGAAAAGAUUAUUAGGUGUAUACACAUAUGGGCAACCUAGGAUUGGGAAUAGGCAGUUAAGGAGGUUCAUGGAAGAACAUUUGGAACAUCCAGUGCCUAAGUACUUCAGAGUUGUUUAUAGCAAUGAUCUUGUUCCGAGGUUACCUUAUGAUGAUAAAACAUUCCUGUAUAAGCAUUUUGGUAUUUGUAUGUACUACAGCAGCUUAUACGUUGAGCAGGAAGUACACGAAGAACCAAACAGGAACUUUUUUGGUCUACGAUUCGUGUUACCAGUAUAUCUGAAUGCUGGUUGGGAGUUUAUCAGAAGCUUCAUUAUGUGUUACAUAUAUGGACCUGAGUAUAAAGAGAGUUGGGAAUCAGUACUUUUUCGGAUGAUGGGGCUGUUUCUUCCGGGAAUUUCUGCUCACAGCCCGGUUAAUUAUGUUAACUCUGUAAGACUUGGAAGGGAGAAGAAUGUUGAUCAGGAUUUCAUCCUUUUGGAAAGGCUAGAUUGA